AUGGAUGCGGAUUGGGAUACUUUUGUUCAGACUAAAUUAGAAGAACUACAUAAAGGCGAUGCGCUGCCGAGCUACUUCGGGUGUAUAUCAAAUCUGUUAACAGGAAAGCCUCCAAUGCCUCAAAAACCAAAAAAGAAAGAUAACGAUAAUCAAAAUCUCGAAAAUUCUUACAAAAACCAGCGGAAUAAACAACCUCAACGAUUCCAAAAUUACUACUCGAACUCAGAUGAUCAAGAAAACGAAGAACCAAAACCAAAAGAAGAUAAAAAAGAAAAACAGCCAUUCAAAUCGCCACGUGGCAUGCUAAAUUCUCCACUACCAAGAAAACAAGAGCAAAAUAAUCAUACUCACGAUUCAGAUGCAGAGUGGUUUACUAAAGAUUACGCUGCAGAUAAUAGGAAAGGAAUUAAUGAUCAAAAACCAACAGAAAAGAGUUGGGAAGCACAAUCAUCAAAUCCUUCUUCUCCUGUAAAGGCUAGAUCAAUUAAUAAUCAAGAAAAUUCAUUUAAUAAAGACAAAGAGCAAUGGGAGGAUAACCAAGAAACAGAAAACAACGAAAGUCCUAAGAAAUCGUCGAAACGCCAAGUUCGUGAUUAUAAUGGUAAUGAUUCUGAUAAAUCAUGGGAAGAAUAUCCAGCACAAAAAGCAAAUCAACAAUCCAAAGUAAUUACUGAUGAACAAAAUUCAGAUAACGAAUCUUGGAAAGAAUAUCCAGCAAAUAACAAUAAACAAACAGUUAAAGUAGAAGAACAAGAUGAUUCUGAUGAUUCUUGGGGUAGCUAUACAAGAAAAGAAGAGCCUCAGGCUAAAAAACCUCCACCACAAUUAUCAGAUUCAGAUCAAGAAGAAUCCAGUUCAUAUGUACCAAUUAAAAAGUCCAAAUCAUCGAGAUCAGAUGAACCACCACCAGAAAGCAAGCAAAAUCAAGACUCAGAUUCAGAAGAUUCCAGUGUUUUCAUUCCUCCUAAGAAAUCGAAAGACUCAACAUCUCAGAAGUCAGGGUCUAAUGGAAAUGAUGACAAUUUCAACUACGCUUUGGCAUUUCGAGAAAUUGGAGAUGCAGUAUUCGGAAAAUAUUGGGUUCCUAUUGAAGAUACUGCCAUUCCUAGGCUUAAUCUUGAUUCUAAGCUAUGGACAACGUUCAAAGUUAAGAGAUUUGAAAAAUUCUGCAAACAACUUUCGGAUUACAGCAAAGGAAACUCACUCACAUAUGCUCGAAGGGCUGAUGCAGAUGCUGAUGAAAAUGGUUUCGCCAAUUAG